AUGUUUUUUGGCAAGGUUAUAUAUACUCGCAAUUCAUCAAACACUUUGAGGGCAUCUGAAAAUGCAAGUGGCAUGGCAUCAUCACCUUACUUGUUUCUGUACCAGAGCUUGUAUAAAGAUCUGCAUUUGCCGGCCAUUGCCAUUGCCGGAUGUUUCGUUUGUGUUGCUUUAGUUCUUUCUCUCCUCCUAACCUUCCAGCAUCUCAGAUGGUACACCAACCCCUCGGAGCAAAAAUGGAUUGUUGCUGUUAUCUUUAUGGUUCCAGUGUAUUCGGUCGAAUCAAUAUUGUCCUUGUGGAAUCCAAAAUUAUCCCUUGCUUGUGAUAUACUGAGAAAUUGCUAUGAAGCUUUUGCCCUUUAUGCGUUCGGGAGCUACUUGGUUGCAUGCCUUGGAGGUGAGAUGGAAGUUGUGAACAUGCUUGAAAAUGAGGCAAACAAGCGAAUUAGGGAGCCGCUGUUAGAAGGGGAAAAGGCACCUCAGUCGAAGCGUAAAACUUUUCGUAACUUUAUCUGCAAACCAAGCGUGCUCGGGAAGGACUUGUUCACGAUUAUAAGAUUUGGUUUAGUACAAUAUAUGAUUUUGAAGACUGUAUGUGCACUCUUGGCAUUAGUCCUCGAGCUAUUCGGCGUGUAUGGUGAUGGAGAAUUUAAGUGGUACUAUGGGUACCCGUACAUAACGAUAGUUUUGAAUUUUAGCCAGAUGUGGGCACUGUAUUGCUUAGUUCAGUUUUACAAUGUGACUCACCAGAGACUCGAAGCAAUAAAACCACUCGCAAAAUUCAUCAGCUUUAAGGCUAUUGUAUUUGCUACAUGGUGGCAAGGGGUGGGCAUCGUCUUAUUGUGCACUUUCAAGGUUCUCCCGAAAGAGGGCAAAUUCCAAACCGGACUUCAGGACUUUAUGAUUUGCAUAGAGAUGGCUAUUGCAGCCAUUGCUCACAUUUUCGUGUUCUCGGAAAAACCUUACCAUUAUGUUCCCGCAUUACACGUCACCACACAAGAGACAACCGCCGUCGUCAAUAUAGAAGAAGGCAACAAAGAAAAGCCGGCACUGGUCGAGAAGAAAGAAACGGAGGUUGAGGCACCCGGGACGAAUAUCAAAGAAAGCGUACAAGAUAUUGUCGUUGAAGGAGGUCAAAAGGUGGUGAAGGACGUUGUAUUGACAAUUAACCAGGCGAUCGAGCCAGUGCAAGAGGGCAUGACGAAAAUACAGGAAACAUUCCACCAUAUUUCGGUCUCUGACGACAACAAAGACGAGCCGGAACUCGAAGUUGAAGAGCACAAAGAGAGUAUCACUAAGGAAAGCCAAGUGUAA